CUCUCUACCACACUGUCAUGAUCCUAUAAGCGCAGGGAGCGCACAGCUCUCGACAGCUGCGACAUGCGAGGGAAAAAGAAAUAAGCCACCAUUUCAAAACCCUAACAUUCGUCGAUAGCUCAAAAUCGUAACCAGUAACCACUCCAAACUCCAAUCAGGCUCAAUCUCUUGGUUGCAUAAGUUAGCAUAGGUAAAGGGAUGAGCACCACAAUGCAGAGAACUUCAAAAGCUGGGAGACAAUCGGUUUUUUUCAAUGAUUUGGCAUCACCAGUUUCCGCGCAUAGAGGAAAAUUCAUGAGCCCAGGUCAGGCAGCUGCAGUGUCUGCUCUAUGGCGAGAGAAUUUUGGGGGCGCCGAUCCUCCACCGCCUCCUAUAUUCACCUUGGAAGACCGUGCAGAUUUCUCUCCGGAAUCCGGGAUUGUGGAUUAUCAGAUGUCUCCGGAAGCAAAGUUGGAGAUGAGGACACCUGUAAGGGAUUCUCGUCGGGAUUCUGUUUCUCCCUUGAAAAGCAAGUCUGAGGCUAGCACUUCUUAUGCUGCAAUGGGGGCACAGCAAAUGCAGCAUACCCCUGCCAGUUCGAGUUGGUGGUCCCCCGGAAAGAGUGCGAGUGAUCAUGAUGAGAAAGGGAAGGGUUCACCAGUUGAGGGUGUCGUUCAGCCUGGUGGAUUAAUUAUGUUACCACCACCGAGAGAAGUUGCCAGACCAGAGUUGCAGAGGAAUAGCUUACCAACGAGCGACCUUGACCUUGACGAAGAGGAAUGGGUCACUGUUUAUGGAUUUUCCCCAGGUGAUACCAAUUUAGUGUUGCGGGAGUUUGAAAAAUGUGGCGUGAUAUUGAGACAUGUGCCGGGUCCAAGAGAGGCUAACUGGAUUCAUAUUCUUUAUGAGAAUCGUUCUGAUGCUCUGAAGGCUCUCAGCAAGAAUGGGAUGCAGAUCGGUGGACUGCUGAUUGUUGGUGUGAAGACCUUGGAUCCAAUUCAACGCCAGGCCCUGAAUGAAAGGGUAAACAACCAGGGGUUCAUGACUAUGCCCUCUCCAGCCAGUAGAAACUCCGAGAUGAUCCCUUCUCGAGUCUCUCCUCGCCCCUAUCAUGUUCAGAAUAAGGGUAAUUCUAGUACCCAACGUUCAGUUGGUGCAAUUGCCGCUCCUGCCAAAUCUGUCAUGUCCAAAGUCAUGGAUUUGAUGUUUGGCAUCUGAGGUGAGUGGUUGUCAUCCAAUUGGCUCCUACUCAUAUAAUAUGUUCUCUUAGUAUAAGUUUUUGAGUCUUAUCCUUUUGCAUGAUUCGAGAAAAGGGUUUCUGUUUCCCUCCCCUAGUGGCAGGUUUGCACCCAUAUCUUGUUUGCAAUGAGCUUUGUUUUUAUUUUUUUUUACUGUUGGGGCGGGUAGAAAUUUGUUGUUUCUUUAUAUCAUCAUCCUAUGAAUCGUGUAAGUUGUAGAAUCUCAUUAUUAUUAGUUUCAUUCUGGAUUUUUGAUGA